GAGAACUGCAGGGAAGAAAGAAACUCAAAGUUAAUCGGUGCCGUUUAAUUUUCGGACUUCAAAGGCGCUCAACAUGUUUGUUUCUCCGAGAAUGUUUCGAAGAGUGUGUGGCAUUCGUACAGUUUGUUCAUGAAGUUAAUUUUGUUUUCCUUGUUUGAAGGUUUAUACUGUUUUUGGAAUAAUGUUAAUUUUCUUUGAAACAGCAUUGGAAAUAGUGGGGAAGCUGUGAAGAACCGUGCGGUCUUGGUUGGCCUACUUAUUACAUUUGUUUGCACGACUGUUUCUGUAUUACACCGUGGAUUUUACUUCACGCGAAAAGACGAAGCUUCUGUAAAAAGCACAGAAAUGUGCGUUUUCUACAUUUCCCUUUCGGAGCCGGCUAGUUGAGGCGUAGAACUCACCGCUUAAGCUAUUUUAAAGCUGUCCUGCUCCACGAAAGACUUUCGAGGGAAACGGAAUUUCUUCUUCUUUUUUAGGGGACUUUAGAGUCAGCCUAGAAACAAGUUUACGAAAUAGUAGCCCGUGUAUCAACAACACUUUUUCGCCCAACACACUGAAACAAAGGAUUGAGUGGCAAUUACAACUUUCAAGAGCCAACGUGAAAGGCGAAGGAUCGACAGUGUUUCGAAUGUGACCCCUGCAUUCGCUUCGUUUGAACGGACCGUUCACUUGGGUUACGGACGAAGUGCGAUUUUAUUUUAUUUUUUAUUGUUCGAGGAAAUUUCGAACCUCUGAGGCUAUAGCUCGUUUUAUUAGUCAGCUGUCCACAACACAAGUUGUAGCAAAGGUGCAUUAGCAUACUAACAAAUGGAUGGAGAUGGUUCUCUUCACAUAUGCAUUCUGGUGAGAUAUUCUACGUGGAAACGUUUGAACUACAAGCGUCUUUUCAAGUAUGAUUAAUGAGACAUGUAACCAGCAGAAAAUGCCAUAAUAUUUUUUUUUAACUUAUUUUAUGUUAUAUUUAUUAUUAGUUGGACACAGGACAGGUGCUUUUUAAUAUAACUAAUGUCGUUUUUAAGUUGGUCACAUUUUUCGUUGUCCGUGUCAUUUCACCUGCUGUAGGCAAAGACUUGAACAAUUUGCAUUUACACUGUAUUUAUUGUACUGUAUUUAAGCUGUAGUCAUUCCAGUGUCAUUUCAUAACAAAAAUCUUUGAUAGGUUAAUACUUGUAGAGCUGUCUGUCAGGAAUAUUGGGUAAUGGAGAGAAUUGGCACUAAACUGAAGCAAAAGUUUAAGCUACCUGAUUCUGGUAGUGUCAAAUUUAGUAAAAAGAAAAAUGAGUUGACCAACACAAAUAAUAACAGUAACAGCAACAGUGCUAGUAGUGGAACAGUAGUGGCUCAGCUGAAUCCAAUAACUAACUCAUCUGCAAGCCCAGCACAGUACACUCUUACGUGCCCUCCCUCAGUGGAGGCAUGUGGAUCGCAAAGUGGGAGGCCUGGAAAGGUGGUCAACUCUCAGAGAGUGUCUUCUUGCAUAACCUCCACCCCAUCUCCUGAGGAGUCCGGGCCUUCUACCGAAGACCACCCAUCAUCCCUUGCCCCUCUACGGCGCCGGGCGCCCCAGCAGCGGGCUUCAUGCUACCUGCCUGAGAGCGUGGAAGGCUGUGGCACCUGUGACCAGGUGAGGCGCAGUGAGGUGCCUCAAGGCGAGCAAGGAGACAUGCAGGGCACCGCAUAUAGCUCAAACACCCGUGCUGCCCUGAACCAGCGCCGUUAUUCGCUGGAGCUCCAACAGCUGGUGAGGCGGCAGCAGCUGCUCUCCCAGGCUCCUCUGUCCUCUAUGCCUCCUCCGUACCCCUCACACAGUGCCAUCACCCGCUCAGGAGCCACUGAGCCCAGCUUCCUUCCCGAGCUGGAGCGCCAUAAGCGUCUGUCCCUGCAGGAGGCACUGUUCUACAAGCGGUGGAGCUCCGGAGGAGAGCUCUGGGAUAGUGGCAGGCCGGCUUCGCUCUCCCACCCGCCACAGAGGAGUCAUGAUGGCGCCGGGAUGGGAUACCUCUUCCCUCCGGGGCCCACGCUGAGCCCCUGCUCCUCCUUCAGCUUGCAGGAGUCAGUGCUGGCCAGCCCGCGCUCCAGCUUUGCCAGCAGCACAGCCAGUGGGGGAGGAGGUGCUGGUGGCAGUCCUGUGGGAAGCCCGUGCAGCAGCAACCGCACCAGUGGCAUCAGCCUGGGCUACGACACCCGUCAUAUGCCUGGCCCUGCCCAGCAGUUGCAGUUUUCUUCCACAACGUUAGGUGGCGCCACCUCUGGGCAGGUCUAUGUGGCCACGGCACCAGGGAAAGCAGUAGCACCACCUAUGGAGGUGUGGCGGGACUAUCUGGAAAGGGCGUCGGCCAUCGAAGGAGGAUUUCAGGACAGCCGUCACUCCUACCCACCAGCAGUCAGCACCCCAACGGCCACGGGUCAGAGGCCAGAGCCGGAGUGGUGGGGCGGGGCCGAGCAGCGGUCCGCACCCCGGGCGGAAGGGCUUGGUGAGCGGGUGAGGCACUCUGACCUGCCAGGCACCCGCUACCAGCAGGAGCUUACCCGGCUGCUGCUGAGGGACCUGGCAUUGGAGGGUGAGGAGCUGCUGGGUGGACUGACCCUAAAGGAGCAGCCCUUGUCCACCUGUGUACCCGCCCCUGCCCCUGCUGUGGGGAAGCCCCAAGAGGAGCAAAUAGCAGCAAGGGAACCACCGUCUGCCCUGGAUAGACAGGAGUUUUUUGGAACAUGUGUGAAAUGCGGUAAAGGCGUCUAUGGUGCGGACAACGCUUGUCAAGCUCUGGACAGUCUCUAUCACACACGCUGUUUCACCUGUGUGUCUUGCGGCCGUACACUUAGAAACAAGGACUUCUACAAUGUCAGUGGAUCAGUCUACUGUAAAGAGGACUACAUGUUUUCAGGCUUCCAGGCAGCAGCAGAGAAGUGCAGUGUGUGUGGCCAUCUGAUCCUGGAACAGAUUUUACAGGCCCUGGGGAACUCGUAUCACCCCGGCUGUUUCCGCUGUACGGUCUGCUCAAAGACGCUGGAUGGUGUGCCUUUCACAGUGGACUACCUCAAUAACGUCUACUGCGUCUCUGAUUAUAAUAGGACAUUUGCUCCUAAAUGCGCUGCCUGUUUACAACCCAUUUUACCUGCUGAGGGCAGUGAGGAGAUUCUCAGGGUGGUGUCCAUGAACAAAGACUAUCACUUUGAGUGCUAUCACUGUGAGGAGUGUGGGAAGCAGCUUUCGGAUAAACCUGGAUCUCAGUGCUUUCCUCUGGACUCCCACCUGCUCUGCCACUCCUGUCACAUGAACAGGGUGUGUGCCACUCAUAGCCUUCCCUCGCACAAUACACACUGAGGAGGAAGCAGUUGUGCUGGACCGACAUGCACUGCUUUUUACUGACAUGCGCAUAUGCGAACAAGUGUAUUGCUAUCUUGUAAAGCCUUUCAGAUAUUUUUGAUCUUUCCCUCUUUCCCACACAAGUCGUAAACAAGGCUACAGAUUCUGAUACUGAAAAGAAAAAAAAAAAAGAACGAGGUGAUCUAUUUUGAUCGACUGAUUUUUCCAAACGUGAGGUCAUACAUUUCAAGUGCAUAAUCUGGACCUAAUGGGCGCUCUGUACCGCCUAGUGGCCGGUUAGUGCACCAACAGAAUCCUGCUGACAUCGUUGUGUAUAAUGUACUAUUGAUGGAUGAUCACUGCCAAUGUUACUAAGUUAUUAGGGAGUAUGAAACUUCAUGCUGAGCUACUGUUUGUUUUCCUGUCUGCUGUAGAAAAGUACAAGGGAUUUUUGCUUAACUUUUUUUAAAGAAAAAAAUAUUUAAUAUCACUAGCAAAGAUUUUGCACUUAAAUGAACGUUUACCUUCUGAGAUUUUUUUUUAAGUGUUUCUGCAAGAGUGAAAAACAUUCCUGUAUCUGUCUUUAUUAAUAAACUUCUUUCUGUCUGAACUGAA